AUGGAGAUGCAACAGGCACAACAUAAUGCCAACAAAGAACAACCACAGUGCCGACAUAUGGAUGUUUAUGAGUCUUCAAACGUAAAAUGCGCUUCGUGUGCAUCAGAGAAGAAGGCAGCAAGAGUUUAUCGAUGGAAGAUCAUCAUUGGCCUCAUGGCACCCUUUGCCUUACAGGCUCUGGAUUCAACAAUCAUUGCGAGCGCUCUCCCUUGGAUUGCUGGUGACUUUGGAGAAAUUUCUCAACUCAACUGGAUCGUCUCUGCCUUUAAUCUCACUUCGGCAGCGUUUAUACCCUGCUGGAGCCAGAUGGCUGAUGUCUUUGGUCGCAACGCAUCGUUAAAUGCCGCCAUUAUUCUCAUGCUGAUUGGCAGUGCUCUGUGCACUGGAGCUCCCACCACUGCUUUCCCCGUCCUUCUCCUGGGCCGCGCAUUCCAGGGACUGGCUGCAGCUGGGUUGAAUGUUGUUGUUCGUACCAUUCUUGCUGAUAAGGUUUCUUUGCAAGAAAAUGCAAAGAACUGGGCUAUCUUCUCACUUGUCGGUGGUAUUUCGUACGGACUUGGCCCCGUUAUUGGAGGAUAUCUGACCAGAGCCGACUGGAGAUGGUGCUUUGGUAUCAAUCUACCUAUCGCUGUUCUCGCCCUCAUCAUCGUCUUCUUUGUUCUGCGAAAGGAGCUCCUUGGCCCUCAGCCUAUUCCCGAGCUUAACGAGACAGCUGAUACUGGAAGACGGACCAAGUUCAUUGCACGACUCAAAACGGUCGAUUUUGGUGGCCAGCUUCUGUUCAUCCUCGGCUUUGGCCUUGUUAUCCUUGCUCUAACAUGGGGUGGAGCGACGUAUCCUUGGUCGUCGCCGGCUGUCAUCGUUCCCCUAGUUCUCGGUGUCACCUUUGCUGGUAUUUUUUGCUACUGGGAAUACCUGCUUGCCCCUGGAAACACGGUGGCUGAGAACAUGCCUUGGCAAAAGGCAAUGAUUCCUUGGGAGCUGAUUUCGAAUCGAGAUAUUGGUCUUCUCUUUUAUUGCGAGUGCGCUACUGGAGUCGGCAUGUACGCAGUGCUCUACUUCUGCAACAUCUACUUCAUUGCCGUCCGGGGAUAUGACUCUGAUGAAGCCGGUGUACAACUUCUCUAUUUUGUUCCUGGACUUGGAGUUGGCGUAUACAUUUGUUCCUUCAUGUGUAACCGCUGGCCUCGCAUGACAUUCCCUUCUGUGUUUAUAGGAACACUUACUGAAUCGGUGGGCUUGGGUGUUCUCGCUUGGGCAAUCUGGGCCGAUCGAUUGAGCGUCAUCUACGGCAUGAUGGCUCUUGUUGGCUGUGGAAGUGGCAUGCGUUUUAUGGCUUCACCACUCCACGGCAUUGGUCUCUUUCGCCACUUACGGGCUUCGGUCAUUGGGCUCAUGGCAGUCGCCAUUCCUUUUGGUGGGACCAUUGGCUUGACCAUUAUGUCUACUGUCUUCAAUAACACUUCUGGUCUUGACUCCAGUGGUGGAGAGUUCAGUCAUGUUCAGUCCAAAGGAGGUGAGACAAAUGAGCAAGCUGUUGAGCAUGCCAAGAUGGGUGUUGUAUGGGCCUUUGUUGCCGUUACUCCCAUCGUUGCUCUGGCAUUCCCUCUUUCAUGGUGCAUCGGUAACGUCAAACUUGGCCAGGGACCUCCUGGGGAGGACGGCCCUACGGAUAUUAUUGUAAAGGGGUCUUAUCUACUCAAACUACUACGUGGCCAGGAGCAUCUCAGGGUUGAGAAGAACGCAUACAGGCUGAACAGCUCGCAUAGCGGGGCAUGGUCAGAGAGUGCAGCCUCUAAUGAGAAUGCCAACACCUCAAGGCCGUUGCAAGGUUCGCAGCAGGUCUAG